UGGCCUCCAGCGCGGACGACUAGAAAUGAGAACAACCCCUCGUCGCUGAUAUCACUCCACGAUAUCUUCCAUCUCAGUGCGCGUUAUUCAGCACUUCUGAUACAAACCGUCACUUCCUUCUUUAUAUUUUUCCCUUCUGGAUUACUGUUCAGCACAUUUCAUUCCAUGAAAGAACUUGUUUGUGUGUUCCUUGACCAGAAACUUGUUGGUGUGUGCACACUGUUUAAAACUGGGUUAACUUUAUACUUCCUCGUUUGCUAGCUGAAACCCCGUCACCAGCCUCUCGACUUCUUCCUAUAAAAUGUAGUCUUAGAGUGACCUCAACUCGAUUCUAGAUGAACGACUUUUGCUGGGAACCACAACAAUCUGUGUCAGUCAUCGGAAGCCACGACACAUGGAGGUUUCUGAGAUAAAACAUUCUCCCCACGUGUGAUAUUGUAACAAGUCUGCAGACCAUUUCACAAGUGCCGUCGAUGACGUUUGUAGUUCCUGCGUCGCAAGCCGACAUCGUUUACGAGUGGAGAGUUUGGGGGACCCUGAGCCUCCCCCUUCUUCCCCCAGAUGUCCAGUGGAGUGGCCGCAUUUAUGAUUGAGAAGUUCUGGAAGACAUGCGAAGGUGAGAGGGGAAAAGCAGACAAACGACAAUUGAGGUUUAGACAUCGUAAAGCGUCAAAGGAGAAACAGCCCCAUUGUCGUCUUGUUUUCGCCAGCCAUUGUCGACGUUCUCGCAGGUGAAUCCGGGACUUGCAAGGAGUCGGCGAACAAGUGCCACGACCACAACCUGCUGCAGUCCCGUCACAUGAGGCGCAGUUGGUCAUUGAACUCUGACCUCUGAUCACCGACGAUCAAUAUGGCAGAACCAGGGGCAGGCUUUGACUCCCGGGGUUUGGGGCUGCGGGCACAAAAGAAAUUGCUGGGCAAAAUGUCCAGCAAGAAAAUUGCAAAAGCUUUCAUUGAUGAGACAACAGGCCGUGUGUUGGACAAUACCUAUCGCAUGCUGAAGGAAUACAAAGGUCACAAGAAGGAUGCGGAGAAGCUAAUGAAGUACAUUAUAAAAACUGUGGUCAAGGUGGGAAUUCUGUACAAGAAUGACCAGUUUAAUGCAGAAGAACUCAAAAUGGUGUCAUCAUUUAAACAAAAGUUUAACUCGCUGACAAUGACAGCUAUUAGUUUUUGGGAGGUUGAUUUCACAUAUGACCAGAAGUUUGUCAGCAGUGGCAUUGAAGAGUGUCGCCAGCUGCUUCAAGACAUCAUCCAUCGACAUCUCACAGACAAAUCUAAAGGCCGUGUUGAUUUUGUUUUCAAUACUUUUGCUGAACCUGAACUCUUGAAUGCAGUAUUUGCCAAAAAGGAAGGUAACUAUGGACCACUUAUGGAUGCGAUUGUGCAAGAUUUGCACAAACUUAUUGAAGAGGGCAGUCUUUGAGAAUUGUUGGACAUAUGGAACAUACUGACAUGUUUUUCUUCCUGUAGCUGGAUAAAUCUUUCAGCAAUGUGUGAAUGCUAGCACCAAGUCUGCUGUCACUCCUGAUUAGAACAGUUAUGUAAAUGCUGGUCUGGACUUUAAGGGCAGUUCAUAUUCUCUGUAUAUUCUAUUGAAUGUAUUGUUGAUAAUGUGACAUGCCCGGUUUGUUAAUCAUGCUGGUAAGUUGUAAUUAAAGUUGCAGCUAUUUCUUGAGCUUUCUACAUCCUAUUCUUUGAGUAACAUUCACAUCAAGCAGCAUCCAUAAGAGUAGAUCAGUUGAAUUAUAAAGUGGUCUUUAAAUUUGUGAGUAGCAUGACAUUGCAACAGCAAUAAAACCAUUAACUUAAACAUGCCCUAUGCAACUUUUGCUUGUCUGGUAUUCUGCAAUGUUUUUUAUUCUUUGGACCAAACAUUAUGACAAAUAAUAGUGCUUCCAGAAUUUUAUUACUCCUAUAAUAAAAUGACCAGUGCUAUCCCAUUAAUAUGAAAUUAUGCAGUCAUGAUGGUGCACUACUGUUUCACUGUACAUAAAUGACCAGACUUGCAGAUUGAUGCCUCUGGUCUUAUUAUCAAACCCAAUACUGACCUGAGGUAAGAUGCAUGUCCAUUCUCAUAGUGUGCAGUUACAGAUUUGACGAUGUUCUUUUUCUAGAAAUAUGUGCAUUUGUCAACAAAUCAGUUACAAAAUUUGUGCAGAAAAAGUUUCAUUAGAAAUCAGCCUAUCCUGGACUGUCAUGUUUACCCAUGUAUGCUUAUCAACCUCCUUGGGAUGAGUCAGUAGUAGUCCUGCCUCGUGGCAUGUUAAGUGUAUGGGUAGGAAUUCUGGCUGGUACUAUCAUUUUACAAAAUCUGACAAUGCUUCAGCUUGGUUGCACCAUUUAUAGCUGCAAUCACUUUUAAAUGCAGUGAUAGGCAGCAUAUAUGUCCAUAAAAUGAGCAUGUUUUGAAUACACUUGGUUGAAAUGGUAUCUCACAGAAGUUGUAGGAGACCAAUGGGUGCACAAUAUUUUAUGCAUAUGUUGAUGGGAAGGAGCAAAAAAAAAAAAAGUACUACUUUAUUGCCAGUAUCUGGAUAUAAUUUGUUACUGAACAUUGAUAACUGAUAUAUCCUUGGAGCAAAUGUUUCCCAUCUUCACCCAAAAGAUGUAGCUUUUUAAAUUUUAGCUGUUGGUAGUGUCAGGAACUCACAUGGAAACCAGUCCAUCAGGUGGAUGUCCAUUAAAAAGUUACACCAACUUAGGGGAGUACAUAGCAACCACACCUUGCCAUCGGACCCAGUUCUGGGCAUCCCUUUUCAGUUGAGACCCCAAAGAGGGACCUUCCUGUCCACUCUAGCUGUGCAGUAAAUGUAUUUGGGGUCUUGUAGCUUUUUGUUUUUUUACAGGAUGGUGUUGCUAGCCCCACCCUUCUCCUUUAUUCAGGUUUCCAGGUGGAGUUUGAAAAGAAAAAAAAAACAAAAACAACUGGCUCCACUGUCCUUCAAAUCAGCAAUUUUACACAAUUAUAGUUGGAUGAGGUUUGUAGUUGCAGAGUAGUAUGAAAACACUGCAUGCAUUUUUCUGGGGGUGGUGGUGUGGCUCUUGGGAGAGUAUAUUGCCACUGACAAUACAACCAUGCUUGUACAAUGUCAAGGUGAUUCAAUGUUUUGAGCUGGCAACUAUGUGCAUUUGCCAAGCAACUGUGCCUUGUUUAUGAACGGCCCAUGGCAUUUCUGCAGCUAGAACAUUUCAGGCUCUUAAUAAACUAAAGAAAACAUUC